AGAAAUAUUUUCCUUUUCCGAGGAAGAUCCCGUCAAAGCGCCUUCGCUUCUAAUUUCCAAAACACAAAGAAGUUCCAAACCAACGAUGUAUGCGAGGACUAAUGCCGGCAGCUCACAUGGAGAUUUUCCCGACAGAAACGGAGUGAAUUAUGUGACAUCGACGGAGUCCUUCGGCCACUGCUCCCAAUUGUUCUGGAAAAAGGAUCCAAACGACUCGAGUUCGACCAUCAACUGGUGUGACCAGCUCCCGUCAUCGUCGGCCGCACUGUCAAGCUCCAGUCUUUCUUCAGCGUCUCUCUCCAGUUCCAGCCUCUCCAUAGAAUCCCGAGCGCCGGUCCCACCAACAUCCACAUCGGAUGACAUGGAUUCGGACGAGAGGCCGUAUGUCUGCGACUUGUGCAGCUGCGCCUACAAACAUGCCAGCUCCUUGCUCAACCACAAGCUCACUCACAAGACUGGAGACUUCAGAUGUGACUUUUGUAGCAAGCCCUACACCAACUAUAUGUCCUUGCGGAACCACAUGCGAAUCCAUGGUCAGAAGCGCUACAUGUGCGAUCGCUGUGGGAAAGCCUUUCGAUUGGCACGGUACCUCCGCAACCACCAGAGAAUCCAUGACGAUGGGCCAAACCGCUUUGACUGUCCUUCCUGCUCAAAGAGUUACAGGACCAUGCUGGAGCUGGCGCAACACCGUUGUGGUUCUGCAUCAUCCGGCCAGACUGGCAGCCGUCGUUCAAAUUUCUCUGCUACACCUCGCCGCCAGCAGCAGCAGCAGAAUAAUGCCUCCUCCUCCAUGAUGCAGUCGCAGCACGGAGGACACAGUCAACAGGAACCUCUGCCCUCCCACUGCGUAUCUCCCAUGUCUCAAGGGGGCCAGAGUGGUGGCGUGGCCAGUCAGUCUGUCCCUGACCACCAGGUAGGGAGGAUAUACCAGGUCCGUCCCAGCUCUGUGUCGUCCCAGAGCGGCCAGCAAAGCAUGAGGACCUCGUCCUCCUCCAAACACAUCUCCUCUUCCAGCAGCACAUCAACUUCCUCCUACUCUCUUCUCCAGCCCCUAGUUCCUGAGGUAAAGGAGAUGAGCUCGGGAUACACUAGGCUGAGCGCCAAUCCCAUGCCGAAGCACCAGGACACUUUCUCUCUGGCUCCUCAGCGGCCCCUCACCACCAUCAACCCCAUAGCCCACUCCCUCCAUCCAAACGGAGCCCCCACACUCAAGCCUUCGCCCGUGCCACGUACCAUCCAGGCUAUGCCCUGGGAGCAGCGUUCGCUCUACAAUCAAUAAAAUUUUGGGAACCCGACGCCCCCACCUCCCCCCUCCUUGCAUCCGACACAACACCCCACCCACCCACUCUUCCACCCACUCUUCCUUACCUUCCCCAUCGUCGCUUCCACCAUCAAGGAUGGAGGACAUCUCCUGUGCGAUGUUUGAGUCUCUGGCUCCUGAGGGACUUUUCAUGUGGGAAUGGGGAAGUGCAACCAUUCAGAACUAGAUGAGAGGAUUACUGAGUAGUUUUUUUGUGUGUUGCCUUGCCCCUCAUGUAUGAUCCAUACUGGGCGUAAGUUUAUGUCUGUCAUUUCAUUAAGAAUUAAUCUCCCAUCUCCUGCUCUCCUUGUGGAAACAAAAUUUAUCUUUACCCUCAUUUUGGAUGACACAAAGUCGUUUUGAAUAAAUACUGACUAGCCUAACUGAGCUUUACUUUCAAGAUGAAGUAGCUAACAAACAUCUGGGAUCUUUCUGCGAUGAGGAAAAGGGAAGGAAACCAUUCUUUCUUCCUCACCUCCUUAGGCGCCACAGAGAACAUUGUGCAUAUCAGCAGGUGUCAUCACUACCUAAUGAUGAUUUUAAGUCGUGUUUACCCACAAAGAAGCAUUGAGGAACGACUAUCGUCUCAGAUCUACCUUCCAGGCUUAAAGCCCCCACCUUCCACAAUAACCGCAAACGCAACUGCUCACACUUGAGUUGGAGCCAGCAACAAACCCGGUUUGAUAGUCCCGUCUGGCAGGUGCCUUGUACCUCAAAUCCAAAAGCGUUCCACUUCUUUACAUGAGCAUCUGAUACACAACUGAGAAGAACAGCGUAUGUUUGAACCAGAAGACCAGAACAGCGAAAGCAUUCAAAGUGUUGACCCAAAACACACAAAGGCGUUCAUCAGGGGCAAAAAGAGGAAGGCUUUUGACUGGCCAAGCCGGUCUCUAGGCUUCUAACCCAUGGAACAGGGGUGUCCAAAGUGUCCCACAGCAUGUCUUUGUAUCAGCUCGUGGCACGUUGUAGAAAUAAAAUGAAACAUGGCCCACAUCAGAAUAUACCAUUAGGAAAUAUUGGGUCACACAGAAAAAAAUGGCACAAAUCCACGUAAAAUAGCACUUACAACCCAAAACGGGUGGACGCUACUGAGCAGGUUUUGGUUGGUUUGUCUUGUUUUCUUCCUCUAUUUUGAAUUGCUUAGUAUAGUUUGAGCUACAUUGAAUUGGAAGCUGCCAGUGGAGCGGAAGGGGACUAAACCCCAAUUCUGAAAGAUGCUGUGCUGAAAUCCUCAAAGCAUCACUAAAGAAGAAAGCAAAUGCUUGGUGACGUCGGAGGCUUGCAGGGUUUCUCAAGGGACAACUAUAGAAUGUAUUUGAGAGUAGCCAGUGUACAGCUUGUAUAGAUGCUACUAUCCACUGAAAAUGACUCAACACAAGGCCGUGCAGCCCUGGUGGCACCUGGACAUCCAAGGUCACCUGUCCUAUUCAUCAUGUUUAUGGACCGUAGGGAUUAAAAUCUGCUGUUGUGGAUGUAUAUUUCUGCUUGUCCAACAUGGCCAAAAACUCUAGAGGAUUUGAGAAAUUGAAUUGUUUCAAGUGCAAAAAGCUCACUUGAUCUAGAUUUUCAGUAUGAGUGCAGACUGUGAAAGCGGGGCCUCACGAUCCUGCUGACUUUUCAGGUUUCAAGGAGGGGGUGUGAGAAAGGUUACACAGGGAUAACUGGCUUGACUUGGCUCUUUCAUCCUUUUGAUGUCGACUCUUCCUAACCUAACAUUGUGAAGCAGAAUUCACCAAGCGUUGGAUUGUUGGCCCACUAAUAGGGAACGUGAGCUGGGAUUAGACGAGCCUGAGUCAGGUCAGUUUUACCAUCCUGAUGAUGUGUUGCUGAAGUUGCCAGCAUGUGACCCUGGUGAAGGGGGUCCAGGGUCAUUGGUUGGCCAGUGUAACGGAUGCUGUGCAGGUGUAAGUUGGUAAAUCCUAACUCCCUCGGCCUUCAGAGCUGUGCUGACUUUUGGUCGAGUGGUCAGCGCUCGGGGGUUGUACGAGUGCUACCGGCACUGGAGAGCUGCGGUUUAUUGGGAGCAGAGCUUGGCAGUUGUCCAACAAAGCCCCAAAGCAAGUGCCUUGCUGAGGAAGGUGACCUCCAGCGGAAGGCGGAUGAUGUUUGAUGUCAUCAUGGAGGAGUGGAAGAGGAUUCCAGUAACAACCUCUGUAGCUCUGCUCAAGUCCAUGGCUAAGAGGAAAUAUUCACACCAAGGACACCAUUUGGACAUGUCCACUGGGAGCUGUACUCGCCGUUCAUCUCGCUGCCAGCUAUUUAGACAAUAACUGUGUCAGAACAGUCAAUCUAUACUGCGAUACAAGCUGUACACUGACUAAAGUAUCUCCAAGUUUCAUUGCAAGUAUUUAUGUAGCAUCGUCUCUUGAGCAGGUUUUAAAAAAAAAAACAGGUGCUGAAAUGUGACUUGUGUAAAGCCUAGGUCACAGCCGGACGUACGACUUAUGGUGUUCCCCAAAUGGCUUCAUUUUUUUGUUUUGUUUUUUUGUUCGUGGAGAACGUAGUUGUGGUGACUAUGAAGUUGUAAGAUAACCACGCACCCGACGUACAAUCUGUAAGUCGAGCGUGCGUACCAUGCACAAAAUCUGAGGCUGCUUAGACGUACGGCUGCCGCUUCAUUCGUACAGCCAACCUGCGAAGUUGUAAGACCAACCAACGUGCAUUGGCUGCACUAAUUACGUAUGUGGGGUGCACGUGUGGCACACAUACGGAGUCUGCAAGUGAGAUGUAUGGGGAAAAAAAUUACAUUUUGCCCUAACCCGACACCAGAAAAACGUACGACAGACACGUUGGCCGUACGGAUGCACAAAGACCUAAGAAGUGAGCAAGUUUGUCUUUCAAAACGUAAGCGGCCGUAGAGUUUGUUUGACAUGGCAAAGAACCUCUGUGGCUGGUGUUCAUCCAUCCAACUUCUAACGCUUGUCCGAGGUUGGGUUGGGGGGGAAGCAGCGUAAGCAGGGACGCCCCGACCUCCCUCUCUUCGGCUACUUUGUCCAGCUUCUCCUGGCAGAUCCCAAGGCGUUCCCAGGCCAGUUAAAAGACAUAGUCUUUCCAACAUGUCCUGGGUCUUCCCCGAGGCCUCCUACCGGUCGGACAUGCGCAUAACCCCCGACCUGCCGACCACCCUGUGACCUAGGCUUAAGACACUAUCUGUUCCAGUACCUUAGCUCACCUAACUGGUGUUUUGUUGCAGAUGGCGCCAGCUCCUACGUUGUGUAUCAGAUCAGUAUUCAUUCACUCACUGGAAGACCAGUGCUCCAAAUUGCGUUCUUUUCAGACCUCUUUUAGAAUUAUUGUUGUGAUGAGUGAAGGUGCACUCAAGAGCCAGUUUUUGCCCACAUGACAGCUGCACUUGCCAAAAGAGAAAGUUUGUAUGUAGCUCAGGACUCAUGCGUCGCUCCAAAAGGAUUCCGGUAGAAAAAGAAAGCACCACGGGAGAGUUUCACUACAGUCGCAACUGUCCUCUUGACGAUCUACCUGCAGAGUGUUGUGUUGAAGCUGCCAAUCUGCAAAAUACAUGCAUCUGCAUGUAUUUUCACAUUACAGCCAUGAAAUCCAGGUGUAGUGGGGGAAAGAAGUAUUUGAUCCCCUGCUGGUUUUGUAAGUCUACCCCCUUUAGAGAGAUGAACAGUCCAUCAUUUUGAUGGUAGCUUUAUUGUAACAGAAUGUACAAACAAUUCUAAAGUUCAAUAACUGAUAUGAAUAAAUAUUUGAUCCCCAAGCAAAACAUGACAUAGUGCAUAGUGCUCUUUACAGUCAACUCUUCUUUAGUUUUAGCACUUACCACAGAUUUUCUACUGGGUUAAGGUCUACGCCACUCCAGGAUCUUAAUGUAAGAGCCACUCCUUUGUUGUCUUAGCUGUAUGGUUUAGGUCAUUGUCAUAUUGGAAGACCCGCCUAUGAACCAUUUGUAGGGUACAUGGCCCGCCGUUCAGCAGCCCCCAAUUUCGCAUCAGACUGUUUUGCCCUCCCGUCUUUGACGGUAGGGAUGAUAUUGUGUGACUCAUAUGCACCAUUUCAUGCCAAAAAGCUCCAUUUUUGGUGUCAUGUGACCACAUCACUGUCUGAUCUCAGUCCAGGACAGUCUUUUCUUGCCGACAGCGCUCCCACCUCCCUCGACCUCAUCAAGCAGCUCCUCCCUUGUCAGUGUGGGCCGCUCCCUCACCUUGUUCUCCCAGUAACCCUUACCCACCACAUAGUCCGUCCUGGUCUUGUGCAGGCCUUCGGUCUUGAGGUCAGCUCUUUGGUCUUGCGACAGGACUGUGUGUGUGUUUCAUGGACACACAAACGCUCUGGAGGGGUCACUGCUUCUUGUGUGGUAGGGGAUCAAAUACUUAUUUCAAUCAAAUACUAAUUCAAACCGGUUAUUUUUCAACAUUCAGUCAAAGCUGCAUUAAAGCUACCAUAGCAUUCAGGACUGUUCUUAUCUGGGGGCGGUAAACUCACAAUCAGCAGGGGGUCAAAUACUUAUUUCCCCACUUGUAUGUACGUAGCUGUUAUUUCUAUAUUAAAUUAUCCACAGUCCUACUGACAUGUCUCUUAAAAUGUUCAUUUUUUUUUUAUCCAUCACGUCUUCAUUGUUGCUUUCUCUUUCCUUGUAAAGUGUCUUUGAGUAUUUAGAAAAGUACUAUACAAAUAAAAUGUUUUAUUAUCACCAACAGUUUGUUUUCUUCUUUGUUGUGUGUUUGUUUAUUGUCAUUGUCAUCAUCAGUAGUCGUUCAAUUGCAAUGCUGGCUAUACGGUACAUUUUAGCUGACAUGACAAUAAAAAUGAA